AUGCAUAUACAGAACCAAAGCUGGAUGCAGAUGUCGAGUUCGAAGCCAUGUCAUUCGAUGACGACGACGAAGGCGAUGGCGACAGCUUAUUUCUGUACAACGUUCAUGACGACUCUGGAUAUGCAGAGCCUCUGAUUGAUGAACGUCUUGACUUGCACUUUGGUCGUUUCCCCUCUAUGUCCGACAGUCCACUUCCAGGAUCGUCCAUUGCCAGCUACGUACACGAACCAAGCGACCUUCUUCCCUCGAUUUCUCAUAUCAGCGAGCCCCUCGCAGGUUGGAAACAAACGAACGAUGUUCCGCAGUCCCGCGACGCGUUUAGCGACACUAGUGAAGCACCCAACUAUAACGCAGAUCAGCUCAGUGCUCUCUCUUUCGGCCAUCUGCAAUCCUCUACAGACUCGCCUUUGCUAGAGUGUUCGCCUCGUUCGUUACACUCGCUUGGAUGCCGAUCUCCAGGAAUGCACUAUGACAAUCGGCGACUCCGACUUAUCUCUGAUACGAGACCCCUCAGAAGCGACAAGCUGUCAUCGUCCCAGUCGUCCGAGCACUCUGUCGUUGAAGAAACGCUGGCCGACGUUGUCCAUGGCUGUUUAUUCGAAGAUAGUAA